AUGGCUCCAGCAAUCCAAGGACGGAAGAUCGCCAUUACCGGCGGCAGCGGCCAGCUCGGGAAGCCGACUAUCGAAGCCCUCCUCAAACUGGGCGUCCAUACUAUCACCGCUAUUCAGCGACCCGGGGCUACCAGCACAUUUCCUGCCGAGGUCAUUGUUAAGAAGGGCAGCCUCGAAGAUGAAGCGUUCCUCGCCGACGUGCUCAAAGGCCAGGAUGCCCUCAUAUUAAUGCCGCCUCUGCCUCAACUCGUCCCGCUUCAGGAGCCUGCGAUCCGCGCGGCCGCCAAGGUUGGCGUCCCCUACGUCUUCCCUUCUGAGUUCGGCCCCGACCCCUUUGCCGGCCAGCUUGUGGAGGAGAAUCAGCUUCUCGUUGCAAAGAAGAGCAUUCGUGAUUUGAUUGAAAAGCUCGGCGUUAGCAGUUGGGUCUCUGUGGCCGUCGGCCCGUGGCUCGAUGGCGGUUUCGCUGCGGGCUUAUGGGGCAUCGACGCAAAGGCUCGCAAGGCAACGAUCUGGAAAGGUGCUAACGCCAAGGUCAAUUCGGCGACCAUCGCACAUACUGGUCAGGCUGUUGCUGCGGUGCUGAGCCUACCUGAGGCUGAUCUGGCCAAGUACAAGAACAAAGCUGUGUACGCGCCGUCGUUCCACCUUACGCAACGGGAUAUCCUAGAUGCUGUUCAGCGCGUAACAGGCACGGCCGACGCGGAUUGGGAGAUUGUGUCGCGGGAUGUGAAUGAAGUGGCUAACGAAUAUGAGAAAAAUAUCGGUCAGGGCGAUGGUUUCGCACAUUUUGUCAAGUUUUUUGUCACACACUUCUUGGAGGGCCACGGCGGGGACUUCAACCACAAGGUCGACGCGGCGGAGGUGGAGAAACUGGAGCGGCUCGGACUGCAAAAGGAGAACCUCGACCAGGCCGUCAAAGCGGCGCUGAAGUGA